AUGGCUACACUAGUGUCCUUUAAAGAGAAAAUCAAAGGCGUAGGGGGCGACGCCUCGUACGAGGCAAAGGCUCAUGUCCUACGUGAACAGCUUGAAGCCAAGAUUCCAGCGAGUCUCAGACUCCCGCCAGCCAUUCUUGAGGACCCACCUCUUGAUGUCACUCGCAUCCCUGAGACAUGUGGUUUGCUCACUCCCCAAGAGUUGGCAAUCACUGAGCUAGAUGCAACCGCCGUGUGCCAAAAGAUUGCUGCAGGCGAGCUGACAGCAGUCGAGGCUGUGACUGCCUUUGGAAAGCGUGCAGCUAUCGCUCAUCAGCUCACAGCUUGUCUUAUGGAUUUCUUCCUCGAUGACGGCAUAAAACAGGCGCAGCAGCUGGACGACUAUUUCCGUAAAGAAGGCAAGGUCAUCGGGCCUCUGCAUGGAUUGCCAAUUUCAGUCAAAAGCCAUUGCCCUAUCAAGGGAACACUUGGGUGUGGAGGCUUUCUUGUAAAUAUCGAGACUUCGACGGAAGACUGCGAUAUGACAAGUAUUCUGCGUUCAUUAGGCGCAGUCUUUUAUGUCAAGACUAAUCAGCCGCAGUCUCUGAUGCACCUCGAGUCUCAGUCUACGUACGGUCGAGUGUUGAAUCCCCACAAUACGAAUCUUACUCCAGGAGGAUCUUCUGGCGGGGAAUCAGCCCUUGUUGCCAUGAAGGGCUCUUGCAUGGGUCUUGGCACCGACGGUGGGGGAUCCAUUCGAGGACCAUCUGCUCAUUGUGGCAUAUACGGGAUCCUUCCGUCCUCUCGGACAACGCCCACCCACGGGCUUCUGUUCUAUUCAGUCAUCAUGGCCAGGACGGAGUCCAUGCUUCCACAGGCCCAAUAUGUCGCUCAGCACGAGACAUGCGGCUCUUCCUCGAAGCUGUCCUUGGCGCCAAUCCUGCACUCCGAGACCCAGACGUAUUGCCCGUUCCACCUGAAAGUACCAGACUUAACCCAGAAGAAACUGCGUGUAGGAAUUAUGAUGCACGACGGGGUUGUGAUGCCCCAUCCUCCAACUAUCCGAGCACUGAAAUUGGUGAAGGCAAAGCUUCAGGCGUCAUCAGAGGUCGAGGUGGUGGACUACAUCCCAUACGACCACGAUCGCGGAUACAGCAUAGUUCGCGAGCUCUACUACGAGGAUGGGGGUGCCACAGUCCGACGUCUUCUACAGGAGGGUGGAGAAGAUAUGCAUCCGCUGACAGAAUGGGUAAUCAGUCCGCCGCACGUGAAGGAUCAUGAUGCCGCGCAAGUUUGGAAGCUACGUGAUCAACGUGAUGUCUUCCGGCGGGAGUAUUCUGAUCACUGGUGGUCCCAAAACGUCGAUGUUGUCGUAUGCCCACCCUUCCAAGCUAUCUGGAAUUUGCUGGACUACCCAGGGGCAGUCUUCCCGACAGGUCUUGUCGCUGACCCAGCCGUUGACAUGUAUCAGGAGCCACCCAUCCCGAUGAGUGCGGCAGAUGAGUACAACAUCUCCAUUUAUGAUGCAGCGAUAUUCAAAGGGGCCCCGGUGUCGCUGCAGACCGUGAGCCGCAGAUUCAACGACGGCUUGGUGCUGGCGGCACAAGAUGUAAUUGAACGUAUCCUCAAGUCUUAG